AUGCAUGUAUCAGUAAAGGGGCAAACGGUUCCCAGUGCAUCUGCCCACAUUCAAACAUGUGUCUUAUACACGCAUCAUGCUUUUAAAAACAUUCCUGCACAAGUCCCGCACAAUAUCUGCCCUAUAUGCAGAUGCCCGUUUGCUUUCGAUAGGGUGUGGGAGCAUUGUGUGUUUCCACCUGCUCCUCCCCUCCUCUUGCCUCCCCUCCCUUUGCCCAUUUGCCCCAACCCAACCCAGCCCAUCGUGGCUGCAAUUGUAGACCUUGGGGUUUCCUUUUGUGGCUGUGUUGUGCAUGAACGAAGCUUUGAGCUCCGUCGCAGGCCAGCGGCAUCUCACAGUGCUUUGUGCAAUCCACAGGUCAUUCAGCUGCAGGGCGAUCAGAGGAAGCCUGUGUCCCAGUUUCUCAUUCAGGGGAAGCUUGCAAAGAAGGACAUGAUAAAGAUCCACGGAUUCUGA